CUCGUGCUUUGACACAAAGGACAGGCUGGCCUGAUUUUAUGUCCUAUAAACUUAAUCUUACCCAAUGAAAUGGCUCCUUGUACAGCCGAGGAAAAGAUGAUGGGUUAUGAAAAGAGCUCUUCAGGCAUCAUGUACCACUGUACCACCAACUAAAAAUGAAAAAACACAGGGUGCUUUCUCUUCUCUCUUAGGCCAGCCACAAAAUGGCACAAUGCAGCUGAGGGCAGAGGUGAGCAGCACAAGGGAGCUGACAAAACCAUCGGGUCUACCUCCAGUUCCUUGCUGUGGUAACUCACGGGUGCAGUUGGCUCACCACUGGAAAGCCAACCAUUUUUCAUGUGCGAUGGCUGUGUGCUACUGUGCUGCUUAUGAAUUCAGUCUCCUGGCUACAUUUGAGGAAGGUGGUAGGGCUGACACCCAAUGUUUUGGCACGAAGAAAAAGGUCUGGCGGUUUUCCUAGACCAAGGCCUUGGCCACAGGGAUCCCCGCUGUCUGUGUGCCUAGCUGUGUUGAUACAGCUGAAGAAGCCAUGGCUUCUGUACAUGCCAUCCAUCAGAGGCUUACGCAUAAACAUAAGCCCUGAUGAGCCACCUUCCAGCUGGGCAUCCGGAGAUGAAAACAUCCCCAAAUUAGUGGACGCUACUGAAAAAGUAACCAAGCAUCCGUGUACUUGCACAAUCUUCACUUACUCUCCGUAGCUUUUGAUUUCUUGAAUGGCAUCACCAAGUGAUUGGAAGUGUUUCCCAACAGAUUCGCACGGUCAUACUGAAACCCUAAGUAUUGCAAUGCCUGAGCUUCUUCCACAGAACUUUACGCAGCGUGAGUAAUUAAUCCUCAGAGCGCCGCGGCGGAGGGAAGGAUGGUGACGUCCACCCACCCAGCCCGACGCGUCGCUGUGGGAGCCAGGUGGGACGUGUACCAAACCCUAACUGUGUGGAAGCGACAACAAAGCCCCCUGCAGACCCUCCCUCCCAGGACCCUAAGCCCAUCGGCAGCACGCACGUCGGGACAGGUCACUCGUGCUGCGGUGAAGGCGAGGGAUUCCUCAUCCCUUCGCAUCGCCGCGUCUGUCCGACGAGCCGCGCCGCUGCGCUGUCCCACCCGGCUCACGACGGCCGGGCGCUCCGGCUCUGAGCGCUGCCCACCGCGAGGGGCGCGGAGCCCUCCCCGCCACGGCCUACCCCGGCCCAGCACCGCCCCUCUCCCGCCGGCUCCUCCUCAGCGGGGCCGAGACCCCGCGGGGCCGGGGCUGCGGGCUAGGGCCGCCCCUCCCGCCCACUGCCGGCCGGGCCGCGCCUCGGGCCCCUCCGCCCGGCUGCCGCGCCGCGGGGCAGAGCUGCGGAGCGGAGGAAGCCGCGGCAUCCCCGCCCUGCCCGGCUCCCCGCAGGCCAGGGGCUGGGCUCUCCCCGCUCCCCGCCGGGCGAGGCAGCGCCGGCCACCUCCCCUUCUGCUCUUCCUCCUCCUCCUCCUCUCUGCCUUCCUACUUCUGCGCCGGCACCGCUUCGGCUCCGCCGCUGCCCCCCGAGCCGCCGGGCGUCCCCGGGAGCCCUGCCCUGCCCCGCCGCCCCCUCCCCGUCCCCGGCGCCGCCGCCGCCGCUCGCACAAGAUGGCGGGGACCGUGGCCGAGCGGGACGCGCUGAAAAUAGAGGACGGGCAUUUAAACAACUCCCUGGGAUCCCCGGUGCAGGCUGAUGUGUACUUCCCUCGGCUGAUCGUCCCCUUCUGCGGGCACAUCAAAGGAGGGAUGCGGCCGGGGAAGAAGAUCCUGGUGAUGGGCAUCGUGGACCUCAACCCCGAGAGCUUUGGCAUCAGCCUGACCUGCGGGGAGUCGGAGGAUCCUCCUGCGGACGUGGCCAUCGAGCUGAAAGCCGUGUUCACAGACAGACAGUUCGUCCGAAACUCAUGUGUAGCUGGAGAAUGGGGAGAGGAGCAGUCGUCUAUUCCUUACUUCCCAUUUAUACCGGACCAGCCUUUUCGGGUUGAGAUACUUUGUGAGCAUCCCCGUUUUAGAAUAUUUGUGGAUGGACAUCAGCUCUUUGAUUUUUACCACCGUAUUGAAACACUGUCAGCAAUUGACACAAUAAAGAUAAAUGGAGAUCUUCAGCUUACAAAACUUGGCUGAACUUGUUAGAACUGUAGAUUCCAAACCGGCUCAAGUGCCAUCGUCUGUGUGGAGAAGUGACAGCCAGCUCUGGACACAACUAUAGUAGGAAGGCUGCCCCGUUCCUUUUCUGUGUGCAGUUUUUCACGCCUGUGCCGAUGAACUGGGCUGUUGUCUAUCCUAAUGAAGAACACUGAUGGUUAACAGACAUUGAGCCAUUUUUCUUGGAUCAAUAUAGCCCACUUGUGCUGGAUAAUCAAAUUGGAAUGGAUUCGGAAAGACUUGCAGUCUUGUUUCAAAUCUCACAGAAAGGCGAUUUCUGAAACGCAGCACUAAAAUCGGUUACUGAACAGUAGUAACAACAACAACAAAAGGUUUUUCUUUUGCAAAUAUUGUUUCUGCACUGAAGUGGAAUAGUGUAGCACAACGUAGGGCCACACGUUGACGUCCUUACCCAGGACCUGAGCCUGGUUCCACGGAAAUCAAUGGCAAAUCUGCUAUCACUUUAUUGGGGUACAAUCAAACUGUUUAGUCCUUAGUCAAGCACAACUCCCAUUGAUUUCUAUGGGAUUUUUGCACAUGCCCAGGGGCAAGAUCUGCUGCUGGUGUUAAUCAGCUAACGUCCACAGCUUGCAUGCAGUGGAAUCCUCCUGAUUGCUCCCAGCUGCUGAUUUGGUCCAAGGACUGUGCAAAAAACUGAAUGAGGGUGUCAGGACACUAGCCUGUAUAUUUUAGUCAGGGUAUUUGCAUAGAAUGUAGAUUGUUACAAGUUUUUGCACAAUGUACUGUUAAUACAAUUUUUAAAGCUUAUCUGUAGUUUAUUUAUUUAUACUCAUUGUAUGUAUUAGUAAAAAUGAACAAUCUUACUGAUCGUUAAGAACAGCAAAGUGUAAACAUUUUGAAUGUACAAAUUGUCUUGGGUUCUUUGGGUAAACUCGACAUAUCAUUCUGGAAAAAUCAUGUUUCUUAUUGAACAUUGAGUUACAUUUUAACGGAGCCCUCUGGGCCCUGGGAAAAUGUGGGCAUGGUAGUUGGUGGGGGGAGCUCUUUGCAUAUUCACUAAACUGUUUUUCAGGGCUUACUAACUUUGCUGCACAGGAUAGGUUUGAGUUCAAGUCAAUCCGUUUUUAAAAAUUAAAGGGCAAAUUUGUAGGUUUAGCUGUGCUUUUAUAACUUGAGAAAAAGUUAAAUUUGGCAGUCUCUUAGUUCAGCAAGAGAACUAGCCUCUUCCAGGGGAGAUGGGAGAUUUUUUUUUGCACUCAUUUGAGAACAUAUUCGGCCUUUGAUAUGACAAUUAAAACUUGUCUAGACAGCCAAGUUAUUAAUGCUUGAAAAUCAUCUACUGCACAUGAAUAAUAACUUUUCAAGUAGCUUUUUAAGUAGUAGGUAUAGCUGUAUAAACAGAGUCAUUGCGCUACACUAUAAAUGAACACCACCACUUUUCUUGACUUCUUUUAGGACUAAAUGCGCUUUUCCUUGGCUGCUCACAGUAGACCACAGCAAGUCUUUCUGAGUAGUUAUAAUCACGAUAUAAACAUAUAUUUAGGCAAUUUUGAAAACAUGUAAUAUAGGGACACAGAAUAUAAAAACAUUCUUUGUAGCACAGUAUUAAAAAAAGAGAGAGAAAAAAAAAUCUCACAAACAGAACUAUAUUAAGCUUGCAAUAAAGAAGUGUUUUAAGGCAACCAGAACUGGAAUAUCCAAAGCGAAGGGUAGAAUACCAGUUGCAAAGCCUCAUUUUGUGCUAAUUUGGCCUGCAGUUAAGAAGCCUUAGACUGCAAGCUGAAAUUCCAGCUAUGGCUCUGGUCCAAAGCCUCUUGAGGUCAACCAGAGUCCUUUGAGCACAAAGGCAUAGAAGCCUGAUGCUUACUUCACGCAAGUGCAGAUCUCUCUGUAAAGCCAGGGGGGUGUUGCUGCUGUGAAUAAGUUAAGGAUUGGGCUCCCAUCUACAAAAUAUAGUUAAUAAUGGAAAUUUUAGCCUUAACAUUGAAGUCCCCUGACUUUUUUCCUUUUUCAAAAUUAAACGAAAACCUGUUGUUUUCCAGAUGAUCUUAUCUGGUGUAUGGCUUUUAAGUUGUACAACAGAUUCUGUUUGUACUCUGGAUCGAACCUUGAUAUGAAAUGUUCCUGUCUUGCUCUGUUUUUAUUCUUCUCCAUGAUUCAUGAUGACUGUGUCAUUUUCCAUGGUAUAAAGAACGCUGACAGUGUUUUAGUACAAAAUAUAUUCUUAAAAAUGAUGAUAAUAAAAAUCCAAGGGAAAGGUGCUUCCAUAUGAGCUGUUGGGACUUUUCUCUGGCUUUGGAAUGGUUUGUAGCUCCAAAGCAGACGCAAGCAGAAGAUGAAUUCUGUUUGGAGUGAUGUUUGAUGCCCACCCUGUCUAGUGCUUUCUCUAACUGUAUAUGCAAAGCCAUGUUUUCUGAUGCAGUGCUGUUGCCUGAGGCUGUCUUGCUACUCCAGAGGGCCAUAAAGUAGGAGGCUGGAGAGAGUAGCACCAUGACCCUGCGGUAGCACAAAACCAAAAGAGAUCUCUCAGACAGCACAAAGCCAAUAGAGAUUCCCGCUCCAUGCCUUUGCUCUAGCCCAGAUAAGGGGUUUGGCUGACUUGAAUUUUCAGCCACUUGAAAUUCCAGGUAGCUGCAGUAUCUUAGUGCAGCCCUCAGAUUUUUCAUGACAUGUAUGGUCUUGGCACAGCACAGAGUGUAGGCCACAGAUGCUGAGAUGAAUUCUACAGAGGUCUCUGUCAGCAGCAAGGACCUGGUGAUAACCAUCCUGCCUACCGGGCACACCAGUUGGUUCCUGCUCCAGUAGUUACCUGGCUCAGGAAAAUGCUAUUUUGAACCUCAUUCUGGUUUUGCCUAACUCCACUGACUGUGGCACUCAUCACCUGCUUCUGCCCUGCCGUGGUUUUUGAGCAGGGCUUAGAGGCAAGGAGAGCUGUAAAUCCACUUUUGCUGGUCAGUGGUUUGGCUGAGAGCUCAAGAAAGGGCAGAAAGUCACAUUUAGAGUUUCCACAUCUAUUUGUCUGUUUAACAGAAUGUUGGAAGCCUUUUUCUUUUGCUCUUGGGCAGUACCAGGAAGGAUGAUGGCAAUGUAACCAAGGGCUGUCCCAUGUGUGCUUGGUUUACUUGGCUAACUGCAUUCAGACGCUGGUGCAGUACAAGUCAGAGAAAACUUGGGCCUUAAAUAUUUCUAUUCAGUUAGACUUUGAGCUAAACCCAAAUGUUUAAGAUGGGAGACUGCUGCAAAAUUUGUAUCUGAAUUCUGUCUCCAGAAUUUAGGAAUGAUUCAGAUGUUCAUUUGGGGUACAAGCCCUGCUAGACCUGAAAUCAAACUGUUUCCAAACUGGGACAGGUUUUCAAAAUGCUUUUCAGUAGGCACUGGUAGUCUGUGAACUUCUUAGAAGCUGCAGUUCUUCAGGACCAAGUGUGUGUGUUAACCAAUUUUUGAGAUCUUAUGCUAGAAUCUAUGAGCUAAAUAUUUUUGUGGUUUCCUCUGAAUGAGGAAAUUAUUUCUGAAAUGAAAGAAGUCUUGAAUGGGUAAAACCUUUGGAGUGUAAUUCCUCAACUUAGCAUAGCUUUAUUAUUUUUUCCAAAAAGGAAAAAACCAAAAAAAUACCAAAAAGAUCCACCCCCAAAUUACUUAGUAAAGUUUGGAAUUGGCUGUGAUAAAGUCGAUGUUUUUUGUUUUUGUUUUUUUUCUAAGAAAUAUGAGUCUAUUGACUACUCAGAAAGAGCCUUGAAAUAUGUUGGGUGAUGUGAGGUAGUCUGUCUAAACAUAUUUCACAUAAAUGCUUUUUCACAGUCAAGUUGUAAAAAUGUUACAAAACACCUUCUUUUUGUGUCACAAUUAGAAAUGGUUGCCCCACCUUGAAAGAACAUUUUGUACUAAAUAUUCAUGUGUUGUCUCUGUGAACUUGCACUAACAUAUACUAUAUUCUCCCUCCCCUCCUUGACUAGCUUAAGAAAAAAUAGGCGUAAUAUUGCUAAACCGGUUGAAUGUAACAUCUGCUUGAGGCAUAGCAUCUUUCUCAAGGGCUGUUUUGAGUAAACAGCCUGAAAACCAAAGAGAGAGCCUGAUUCACCAUAAUGCUGUGCCAGCUUUCCACCCUUGUCACUCUCCUGAAGUGAGGCUGAGACUGAAGCCCUGAGAUUUUCAUGUGAGAGAGCAGCACUGAGAUUUUAUCUUCUGGGAUUUAAAAAUAUUCACUAUGGAGGAAAUGAGAACAGGAUAGCCACAGCACUUCCAAGCUUGCUAGCGGUUGUGUUGUAGCAUGAUGUGCUGCAGUCCUAAUGGAGCAUGAGUUCAGAGAGAGGUAGUGGGCAUUUCAGAGGCAGCCAGGAGCCCAGUUCUGCAGAGCUAGUUAGUGGUGGCUCCAAGCAACCUUCCAACACCCUAGAACGGAGAUGACAGUAUGAGCAACAAGAGUCAGGCUGAGGGCAGACCGAAAUGCCCCUCACGACUAGCACAGAAGUUAGGAAGAAAAGUUUUCUUGUGCUAACCAAAGUCUAGGACUAUAUAAUGGCCUGGUGAAAUCUGUUGUCGUUGUAGGUUUUGUUCUGAUUUUCUCACAUGGAUCAGAAAGUGUACAGGUAGAAGUUGCUUUGCAAUGAAUGGUGCGUGGGGUUAAAAUGAAGGCCAACCCAAAUGAGGAGAAAAAAAUGAGCUACUGACGCUUUAUCUGGCUUUGAUACGCCCUCCCAGCUCCUCCCAGCAAUCACUGCUGUUACAAAUAUGCACAAUUACUAUGACAAGGAGAUUCAGCACCAUGUGCAAGAUCAAAAUAAUAAACUCAUGCUUUGCCACAGGACUUCCGUAGCUUCUGUUGCUAGGCCUUUCCAUCUGUCUGUCAACAGAUAGCUAAAUCCUGCUGCCUUUAAAGUUCAUGGCAAAACGCCUUUUGACUUUCAUGAAAAUAGGUCUGUAAGAAAAGAGGUAAUUCCAGCCCUCUCUCUCCAGUUAUUUUCAGCUGGGGCAUACUCUAAAAAUCUGUUCAUUCAUUCUGAAUUUAAGCAUCAAUAGAGGACUAUUUCUGUCUGCAUUAUCUGCUUGAGUAGAGUCAACAGAAAGCACGGUCUCUCCCGGCUGCAGUAACACUGGUUUCACAGUUAGCUGAUGAAAUGUUUUAUGUUCAUUAUCUUCUGAUUUUAAAAAGUGAGGAUGUGCACGAAAUGACGUGGCAAUAAUAGUAAUGUGUACUAUUCACCACAGAUCUAUUUUUAUGUGUUGUGCCAAUUUCAUAAUGAACUUUUAAUAACAAUAAAAUGUGAAAUCUUCA